AUGCCUGUGCAGGAGAUGGCGGUGAGUCCUGUGAAGUCUCUCUACUGGGAGCAGUUCCCCCCCAUGUCACAGUGCCGAGUCUACUGCACCCCGAUCUACCACGAAGGCCUGCUUUACGUGCUGGGGGGCUGCAGUGAGACCGGUAUGCCCCUGGACAGCGUGGAGGUCCUGGAUGUGGAGAGCCAGACAUGGAGCCAGCUGCCACCUCUGCCAACGGCGAGGGCGGGGGCUGCCGCUGUGGCACUUGGGGGGCAGGUCAUGGUCCUGGGAGGCAUGAAUCAGCAGCAGACCCCGUUGGCUUCAGUCGAAGUUUAUCACCCAGAUGAAGGCAAGUGGGAGCCAAAAGCCAGUCUGGGGCAGGCGUCCAUGGGCAUCACCACUGUGCAGAAAGAUGGCAAGGUAUACGCAUUGGGAGGCAUGGGGGCGGACAUCAAACCACAGGCCCUGGUGAGGGUAUAUGAGCCAGAAAAAGACCAAUGGCAGCCGUUGACGUCCAUGCCUACGCCGCGGUACGGAGCCACACCCUUCGUAAAAGGAAACAAAAUCUACAUUAUGGGUGGUCGUCAAGGAAAGAUGCCGGUGACGGCGCUGGAGGCAUUCGACCUGGAGAUGAAGAGUUGGACUCGCUACCCAUGCAUUCCCAGCCGGAGGGCUUUUUCCUGCUGUGCAACAAAUGAACGAAGCCUUUUCAGCCUGGGGGGCCUCCAACAACCGGGUCCGCACAAUUUCUACUCCAGACCUCACUUUGUCAGCACAAUGGAGGAGUACGAUCUGGAUCAAGGUAUCUGGCUAAAACCCAGUCGAACAUCAAGGAUGCGAGAAAAGAGGGCAGACUUUGUUGCUGGUUGUCUGGGGGGAAGGGUCAUUGCAGCUGGUGGUCUCGGUAAUGAACCAUCACCGUUGGGCUCCGUUGAGAGCUACAACCCAAUAAAGCGACGUUGGGAGUACGUAGCGCCCCUUCCGACCGCACGCUGCUCGUCUUCAGCGCUGCAGAUCACCAGCAUGAUGUUCGUCAUCGGAGGGGUUGCGCAGGGACCAAGCAAUGCCGUGGAAGCGCUCUGCUUACAAGAAACAGUGUGA